CUAUCUAUCUAUCAAUUGAUUGCAAAUAAUUAAAUUUUUCACUUUUGAUUAUAAAUAAGUUGAUAUAUAAGUAGCUCCCAAUUGACUAUUGGUGAAAUUUAUUACUUCAUUUCUUUAAUUGAUAGUAACUAACUUAUCUUAUCAUGUACUUUAUUAUUAUUACUUUAUUAAUAGGGUAUAUCAUUUAUCAAGCUAUAACUAAUGCUUUACCUCAUCAUUUCCUCGUUCCAUCUCAACAUUGGAAAGAUAAAAUUAUAAAAGUCAUUAAUCAUGAUAAACCGAUCUAUCUUCAAGUUGGAUCGAAACGUUCAAGUUUUAGAAGAAGAUUAAUCUUAGCUAGUAUUCAACCAUCAUUUUAUACAAACUUUAUUAAUAAUAAAAUCAAAAUUCAACCUCAAGAUUGUCAAAAUAUCAAUAAUGAAUUCAUAAAUGAAAUGACAAAACGAGAUAUUAAUGAUCCCAAUCGAAAAAUCAUCUAUGGAUUUUUCCAUCCUUAUGCAAAUAAUGGUGGUGGAGGUGAAAGAGUAUUAUGGGAAGCUGUGAAGGCAACCUUAUUAGCUGAUGAUAAAAAUAUCGCCGUGAUCUAUACUACCAAUACUGAUGUUGAACCAUUACAAAUCUUACAAAAUGUAUCCAACAAGUUUGAUAUCAAAAACUUGGAUUCAAGUCGAGUAUUAUUCAUUUAUUUAAGAAGAUUCAAUAAUCUUAUCGAUGGGAAUUAUUGGAAACAUUUCACUCUAGUAGGUCAAUUAAUCGGAUCCAUGUUAUUAUCGUUAGAAGCCAUGCAAGAAUUAUCCCCUGAUGUAUGGAUUGAUACUAUUGGAUUACCAGGAAGUUAUUGGCCAGUAAGUCUUAUUCUUAAAAUCCCUAUCUUGGCCUAUGUUCAUUAUCCUAUCAUCCAACCUGAAAUGUUUAAUAAAUUGAAAUUUAAAUCAUUGAAAUUAUCUGAAUUAACUCAAUUCUCUCCAUCCAAACCAAGAGAUUAUAUCGAAUUGUUUAAAUUGGUAUAUUGGAGUUUAUUAUAUUUCUUUUAUUCAUUCUUAGGGUCAAGAGUUGAUAUAACAUUAGCCAAUGGGACAUGGACAUUCAAUCAUUUAGAAUCAAUCUGGGCUUUCAAUCGUGCAUUUGGAAAUCAAUUGGAAAUCUUAUAUCCUCCAUGUGGAACAGAAGAUUUAAACACCACUGAAAUAUCUACUAGAGUCAAUAAACUAUUAUAUGUGGCUCAAUUCAGACCUGAAAAACGUCAUGGUUUAAUCUUAACAGAAUAUCAUCAAUUCUUAACUAAGAACUUCCCUAAUUCUCCUAAAAGUGAAUCUAUCCCCACUAUAGUAUUUCUUGGAUCAUGUCGUACACCAGAUGAUACAGCCGUAUUAGAAUCCUUAAAACACCAAGUUGAAACAUUAAAUUUGGACGAGUAUGUUGAAUUCAUAGUGGAUCAACCUUAUAAAGAAGUAAUCCAUUGGCUAUCAAUAAGUAAAUUCGGUUUAAAUGCGAUGUGGAAUGAACAUUUUGGAAUUGGGGUGGUGGAAUAUUUAGCAAGAGGAGUGAUACCGAUUGUUCAUGCUUCGGCGGGUCCAUAUUUAGAUAUCGUCACUGGAUGGAAUAAAGAAUCUCAAGAUGAUUCAUGGUAUAAUGAUACAGGAUUCUUCUUUAAGAGUUAUGAUGAUGUUGAUUUUGAUCCUUCUAUUCAAGAUAAAGAAAGUUCAGAUUAUUUAUCAUUUGAAGUAGGUACCUCUCCAGAAUCAUCAGUGGUUAAAUUCCCCACUUUGGAAACUGUCUUAACCGAAUUAUUCAUCACUAACCCUGAUCUCGUCAAUGACACUAAAUUAUCCACCAUGAGAGAAAAUGGUUCGAAAUUAGUAUUGCAAAAGUUCUCCAAUAAGGAAUUUGAUGCUCAAUGGAUUGAAUAUUUAUCAAGCUUAGAAUCUUUAGAAAAGAAAUUCAGAGAAGAAAGACGAGAUAAAGUUGGUAUGGUCUAUUAGUCGUAAUCUUGUACAUAAUCCUCCUUAAUAUAUAAUCAUCAUCAUCUAAACCCUAUUG